UAAUGGUACAGUCCGUGCCGUGGGCCCGCUGACUGUCAUGGCGCUGCCCUGUGUGCGGCUCGGUGCUGUCCGGCUCUGGCCCGCUCCAAUAACCAGGCACUUAUGGAUAUUUCCUCGAGCUGAUCUUAGCACAGCAGCACUCCCGAGGUCUGCGCUUAACUCUCCUGGUAAUGUAAGAAACUCAUUGGGGUUAUGCUCUGUGGUCCCAAGAUCUACACGAGCAUAUUGUAUGUCUGCAAUGACUAAACCGUCUCCUGUUUUUGGGAAUCUAACGUCUACAAACUACUCAUCAAUUCUCCAGAGAGUAACUCCUCUACUUCCAAGCAUCCUACAGCAACCCACAAGAUCUCUCACUUACUUUGGUGUAAGAUCAGGAAAAAGAAAAUCUGUGAAAGCUGUUCCUAAACGUUUUAUGCGUCUUCACUGUGGGCUGUGGAUACGCAAAAAGGCUGGUUAUAAAAAGAAGCUAUGGAAGAAAAUGGCGGCUAGGAAGAAGCGGCUCCGAGAAGUGGUGUUCUGUAAUAAGACACAGAGCAAACUGCUUGAUAAAAUGACAACAUCCUUCUGGAAGAGACGGAAUUGGUACAGUGACGACCCCUACCAAAAAUACCAUGACCGCACUAACCUGAAAGUGUAGGCAUGGGCUUGCUGUACAUUUAAUCUCUUUGUAAUAAAACCUGUGUAUUUAAUAUAAA